AUGCCUCAUCGGCCCGGGCGCCUUCGACGGCAUCUCCACAAGGUAGCCUCCAGCUUCGACCUUGACUUCCUCUACCUCGCCGGCAGCGGGGCGACGGGCUCGGUGGCGUCCGAGAUUGUGGCGCAGAACACGCACCUGCCCCUCAUCGCCGACGCCGACACGGGCUUUGGCGGCCCGCUCGACAUCCGCCGCACCAUCCAGCUAUACGAGCACGCCGGCGUGGCUGGCUGCCACAUUAAGGACCAAGUGUUUCCCAAGCGGUGCGGCCAGCUCAAGGGCAAGGAUGUCGUCGAUCUGCAGGUCUACCUCGAGCGGAUCCGGAGUGCCGUCGAGGCCAGGACGAAUGCGGAGUUCGCCAUCAUCGCGCGGACGGAUGCGCGCAAUGCAAAGUCGUUUGGCGGUGAUCGGGCGUCGACCGAGGCGUUUCGCGAGGGCGUGAGGAGGCUCAAGGAGGCCAUGGCGGCGGGCGCGGAUAUGGCGUUUAUGGAGUCGACCUGGACCAAGGACGAGAUGCGCGAGCUGGUUAGGGAGCUUGCGCCGCAUCCGGUCAUGAUUGAUGUCCUCCCAGAUGGCCUCACCGGCAACCUGACCACGGCCGAAUGCGAGGAGCUAGGCUUCGCUGCAGCCAUAUACCCGUGCACAGGCUUCAUUUCGGCCAUGCUCGCCAUGCAAGAGUCGUACCGCGGACUCAAGGAUGAGGGAUCUGAUCUCAACUACUGCCGGGGCAAGACGAUUGUCGACUUUUUUGAGCAGCUCGGGCUGAAGGAGGCUAUGCAAUUUGAUGAGAGAAUCGAGAACUGGUCAAGGGAGGAGGUGCAGCACACGAGCGAGCAGCUCGAGAGCUGAAAGGCCGAAGUUAAUGUGACCGGAGAGAGAGUGGGGGGCCUUGGAAGAUGCGGUUUUAUGUAUACUGAAUGGGUGAUUCGGUAAAUAGCCCCUGCUGCUUCGUGAAACUGUCGAUACUGCUCUGCGAAGCAAC